GAAGAAUAUGGUUAUGUUGUGUAUAUUUUGAUGGAAUAUCUUAAUGUCGAUUCGGGUGGAAUUAUAAUUAUGUCUAAAUACAAAGGGCAUGGACGGUUCAAGAAAACAAAAUUUUCUGUUGGAAAGCAGGCAAAACAAGUUUUGGAAUCAAUUGAUACAAACAAUCCUUUUAUUCAAAUGUUUGAAGAGUAUUCUACAGAGUUAGAUGAUAAACAUGAUCGAUAUGAAAAAAUAGUAAAAUUAAGUAGAGAUGUCACCAUUGAAUCAAAAAGAAUAAUCUUUUUACUUCAUAGUACUAAUACAGAUAUAGAAUCAAAGCGAGAUUUGGUUUUGCAAGAGGCCUUUGACAGACUUUCAAAUUUAUACAAAACAAAUUUCAGAGACAUUGCCUUGGAGCUGAAAGGUCAAGACCAUUAUUUAUAUCAUAAAGCAUUUACCGCUGGCAUGCAAGAAUUUAUAGAGGCCUUUUGUUUUUACCACUAUAUAAAAAAUAAAAGUAUGCCAAUAUGGUUGCAUAUAAACAAUUAUUUUCAGUAUAAAGAGGAUGAAGUCUCUUUGUUAUUUACCCAAUAUGAUUUUAUACUCGGUAUAGCGGACUUUACAGGUGAAUUGAUGAGAAAAUGCAUUAACGUCUUGAGUGUUGGAAAUGUCAAUGAGUGCUUUAAACUUUGCAACUUUGUCCGGAGCAUUUAUACUGGUUUUUUAGGAUUACACUUCUGGGGAAAUAAAGAACUCUCGAAGAAGUCAAAUGUAUUACGCCAAAGUCUGGCAAAAAUGGAAUUAGUUUGCUACAAUAUUAAAAUCAGAGGGAGCGAAAUUCCAAAUCAUAUGCUGCUGAGUGUUAUAGAAUCAAAUAGAAUUGAUGAUGAGAUAGAUGAAGGAUAUGUGCUGUAAAUAAAAUAAAAUAUCACAAUAGCUCUUUUCCAGUGUGAAAUGCGUAAACAAGUCAGAACAUAUCCUAAUUAAAAUUAAAUAACAAUUAGAUGAAAGGAUGUUGACUAUUGCAUAUUAGUAAUGUUUUCUCAGAAAUGGGAAAAUAAUUUCCACAAAUGGGAACAAAAUAUUUUUAUUUGACUUCAGAGCAAACACAAAUGUCAAUAUUUAGGAAAAUAAAAUGUAUCUAUACUAAA